AAUCCAGUCAGUCGAUUCGCACCGGCCGGCUUUAUAACUCGUUCGUCUAGUACAUUUACAUAAAUAAAACAAGUUUAUCUAUCGUAUAAAACGUAGAAUAACAAAAUAAUACAGUUGGACGGUGGACAUAGUUGUAACAAAAUGAAAUCGUACAUCGAAUAUUCACCGAAUUCCGAUUUUCCAAUUGAAAAUCUCCCUUACGGUGUAUUUACAUCGCCGAAGAAUACAGAUAAACAUAUCGGAGUUGCAAUAGGAGAAUGGAUUCUAGACUUGAACGCAAUAUCUCAUUUAUUCAACGGUCCCUUGUUGAAGGACAAACAACAUGUUUUUAAGGAGGAGAAACUGAAUUCCUUUAUGAGCUUGACUAAACCACACUGGCUGGAAGCAAGGAGUACAAUACAAAGCCUUCUAGAUGUUUCUAAUUCAACGCUGCAGAAUGACGCUGACCUUAGGGCACGAGCGUUCGUCAAACAAAGUGAGGGGAAGAUGCACGUCCCAGCGGAGAUCGGAGACUACUCUGACUUCUACUCGUCCAUACAUCACGCCACUAACGUUGGUAUCAUGUUCCGUGGCAAAGAGAACGCAUUGCCUUCUAACUGGAAGCACAUACCUAUCGGUUACCACGGCCGCUGCAGUUCGAUAGUGGUGUCCGGCACGCCUAUCUACAGACCGUAUGGACAGACUUUACCAGUCGAAGGUGCCGAACCCCACUUCGGUCCCUGUCGUCUAAUGGACUUCGAGUUGGAGAUGGCAUGCUUCGUGGGUGGUCCCCCCACCAGCGUCGGGCAGAGGGUCACUGCUAAGGAAGCUGAGGACAAACUCUUUGGAUUCGUUCUUAUGAAUGAUUGGAGUGCUCGUGACAUCCAGAAGUGGGAGUAUGUUCCCCUAGGACCUUUCACAGCUAAGAACCUCGGCACCAGUAUAUCUCCGUGGAUCGUAACCAUAGAGGCGCUGCGCCCCUACAUCGUAGACAACUACCCGCAGGACAAGCCGCCCUUCCCCUACCUACGGCACGAUGAUAAAUUCAACUUUGACAUCAAACUCGAAGUGGAUUUAAGACCCGAGAGCUCUCCAGUAGCAACGACCAUCUGCCGGUCCAACUACCGCUUCCUGUACUGGACAGUGAAGCAGCAGCUGGCGCAGCAGACGGUCACCGGCUGCAGCCUGCGCGCCGCAGACCUGCUCGGCUCCGGCACCAUCAGUGGUGAUACAUCUGAUUCGUACGGAAGCAUGCUGGAGCUCAGUUGGAAAGGAACUAAACCUCUGCGUUUGCUUAAUGGAGAAGAAAGAAAAUUCCUACAAGAUGGCGACACUGUCAUUUUACGCGGAUAUUGUUUAGAUGAAAAUGGCAUCAGAAUCGGCUUCGGUAGCUGCGAAGGAAAAUUACUUCCUGCUAUACCUUUUCAAGAAUGAACAAAAAGAUUAAACUCAAAUACAUGUAUGAAUACCAUUGUAUCUAUUUUAUAAAUUCUACAUGCGUUAAUAAAUUUUUUUAUCCUUCUGAGC